UCCUGCGGUGAGUGUGCUAUGCUUGUGCAUACUGGAACUGCAUUGCCAGGUUGGAGACCUGGUGCCCAUGAAGCCAUGUGAGAAGUGCAGUUGUAGUAACAGGGCCAACGCCAGCAGCCCCCUGAACAUUAUAGACUGUGAGCCUAUACCCUGUGACACCAACUGCCCUGUGGGUUAUGAGUACCAGAUCAGCGCUAACCAGUGCUGUGGGACAUGUGUCCAAACAAGCUGCAUUAUCGUGCUGUUGAAUGCAACAUAUGCAUUAAAGCCUGGCUCCAUUUGGACUCCCGCUGGGAACCCCUGUGUGAAGUUUGAGUGUGUGAAGAUCGCUAAUCAGUUCAUCACCAUAGAAGCCAAGACAACCUGUCCCCUCUACGACCCUAAUGAAUGCAUACCGGGAACAGAGACCAUCACUCCAGACGGAUGCUGCCAUGUCUGUAUUCCGAAGGGUGAGCCAUGCGGUGUGUCCACCACACCUGUGUACCUGGAGAGCCAGGGCUGCCAUGCCAAAGACCUGGUCAAUGUCACAUCCUGUAGUGGAGCAUGUGGCACCUUCACCUUUUAUUCUACCAAAACAAGUUCCUUGCAGCACACCUGCUCCUGCUGCCAGGAGCUGGCUACAUCUGAGCGCCAGGUCCAGCUCUCCUGCCCUGACAACACAGAGCUCACUUACACCUACACCCACAUCGACACCUGCGGGUGCCUCAAGACAGAGUGUUCUGGGCCUGGCCACAGGGAAUUGGCAACCACUCCCCCUAGCGUCAAGUCACGUCGACGCAGGAGAUAAGGCAAAAACCAGGACAAGCAUAUGCAUUUGCCACUUAUCUAAUUACCAUUAAUUUAUAGAACUGUAAAUUAAGUUAUAUUUGAAUCAGCAUACAUAGUUCCUCUAGUUAUGUCUCAUGUAUCAGUGUACUUAGU